AAACUGUUUCCAGCUCCAAAACCUCUUAGCAAAUCAACCACUACACCAGAAGCGGAGACAGAUGAAGAAACCGAUGCUGAAGAAGAAGUUGAUGAAGCAGAAACCACAACCCAAGCCUUGGACAAGUCUGACGAUUAUAUUGUCAACCCAAGUCAAGCUGACCUUCUUUUCCCAGCAACUCCUCCUAGAACUGAAGUAUUUAAAUCCGUACCCAGUAGUGCUACCUCUGAAAAGUUUCUAUCUCCUGGAGCAACAGCAGCUGAGGAAACCAUCAUGGUUGCCGAUGAGGAAACACUCCCCACGAUGUCUGAAACCAUGAUGAUGCAACCGGGCUCAGCAAGCACGCCGCGAGGAUCAAGGCUGCCUGAAGCAAUGCGUGACCCUUUGGAGGCCACAAAGGAUAUGAUUAUGAAAAGGAAAAAGAAGAAAGAAGCCGAGCCCAUUGUCAAGAUAGAAGCUCCAAAAGACAAGGUUGUACAACUCGAUCAAGACGAGUUUGCUUACGUGGAUGCUGACAAAGGAAGAGUCACACAAUACUGUGCUGGCUCUGAUGACAACAAAAUACCCGCUACAGAAAAUUCGUAUGUAUUACCAUAUUCAGAUGAUGAACAGAAGAAGCUGCUGAACACGCUAAAGAAACGGAUCAACAUCUUGGAAGACAAACUUAAUUAUCUCCUGGGAGUUGGGAAGAACCCUCCAUGUUCAGUUAGCAACAAGUACAAGGAACUUGUCAAGGAGGAAUACAGCAAAAGGAUGAAGAAUCAAGCAUCAAGUGAAGAAGAAUCAAACCUGCAGGCAUCUGACAAACAAGAGGAAUUGGAGGAUUCCAUGGAAAUUUCUGAUAAGACCCUUCAAGUGGGUCAUAUUCUUCUUUUUGAUGAUGACAUCCACCGGAAGGAAGUUGAGCAGGAGUUCAAGAAGAAUGAGAAGAGAAAACUGAAAUCAAUUGCGGAUGAUGUGGUUUUCGUGAAGAAUGUUUUCAGGAGAAGUGCUAAAGCAGGAUUGGAUGAAGAUUACAAGUCAACAUCAGAGAUUCAAGAACCAAGCAAAUUGAAGUUGAUGAAGCCGACACAAAGUCUCUUCUUGAUUGAUGCCAACAACUUUGUCGCUGAAGAAAUUGUGCCAUUCCUAAAUGAACUGGAACAAUUGAAGGACGCACUUCCUCCUCCUCAACUUGCUCAACUGAAGAAAUUGAGAAGUGUCAUCAACAGACACACUUGUGGAAGUUUCGACGAUAUUUUCAAGUACCUGCCCAACCAAAAAAUCAAGGGAAUUUUGGAAGAAGAGCAUAAGCAAGGAAUACAAAGGGCAAACAAGAUAUACCAACAAGUCUAUGAGGCCCACGAUGCACAAAGCAUGGAACUCUACAUCAAGCUCUUCAAAGAUUACAUGGGAUCGGUGUAUGAAUUUGCCAGGAGGGGCAUUUUGGAUGAAGAUGCAUCACAGAACAUUCCUAUAUUUCCAACUGUGAAGAAGAGAAUUGUGGAUCAGUUCAAGUGCCAGAUGAUGCACCUCACAGAUCUGGAGAACCACAGUGUACUGGCAAGAAUUGGAGCACCUGUGAAUUGGUUCCAAACGGCAGAUUUUGGUAUAACUUUUCAAACAUCAAGGAAGCGGAAACCUUGUGCUGAGCAUGAUGAUGAUGUUCCUGAUUUGGAUGAUGAUGAUGAUGAUAAUGAUGAUGACAAUGAUGAUGAUGAUGUUGUUGCUUGUAAUGAUGCCGAGUAA